AUGCCAGUACAGAAACAAACCAGGGCAGGACAGCGUACACGUUUUAAAGCCUUUGUUGCCAUUGGCGACAGCAAUGGCCAUGUGGGUCUUGGUGUCAAAUGCUCUAAAGAAGUGGCUACAGCCAUCCGUGGGGCAAUCAUCCUUGCUAAGCUGUCUGUCAUUCCAGUUCGUCGUGGCUACUGGGGUAACAAGAUCGGUCAACCCCAUACUGUCCCUUGCAAGGUAUGUUAAUUAAUUGUUGCUGUGUUGAUUGCUCAGUUUCUUUUGUAAAAUAUUUUUGGGAGUGUUUAUCUAGCUUAGGAGCCACCAGCCCAAUAAUAGAGUCAAAAGUAGUGACUGCUCUCUUAAUAUUCUCAAACUCUAUUUAUUUAUUUCUUUUUUGAAAUGAAAUCUCAACAAACCCCAGCCCAACCUUCAUUCAGGGGACACUCAUUUGUAAACAAAGAAGAUUAGAUUUUUGAUUAUGUUAUUUGCUUGAGAAUCGUCUAAUGUCUCAUUAAGAAAACUGUGAACACCUGCGAUAUUUUUAGAAUCGAUCAUUCUCUGGAUUGCAACCAUUCUUAUAAGUUUGUAGAAAUCCCAACAAACCACAAACCUCUGGUUAACAGUCAGUCUUACUUUCAGGGCUGUCAACCUCCCCACGUCAUCAAAUAUUGAGAACUAAUAGGGAAGGAAUGAUAUAUAACGUGAUAUCGCACAACAAAUGGCGUCAUUUGUGCCAAAAAUGCUUGUUGAUUCCGAUCGAUGCAUAUAGCACUUAAACAGUUCAUAUUUAGCCACAUUAUUGCUGAAAUAACAUCAGUGGCACACUAGAAUUUAUGAGGAAACGAUCCAUGUUAACAGUGGUUCAAACAAGGCAAAAUAUUUGAAAUUUUAUGGUCGGAAAGUCGAGUCUACAGAAAUAGCAACUUUGACGAUUAUCCGGGAGAUAUCAGACUCUAAUCUGGAGACCAGGAGAUACGGUCAAAAAACUGGAGUCUCCCAGAUUAUCCAAGAGAGUUGACAGCACUGCACUUUAAUUAUUUUAGGUGACAGGUAAAUGUGGCUCAGUUCGUGUACGUCUGAUCCCCGCACCCAGAGGAACUGGUAUUGUGUCUGCUCCAGUCCCUAAGAAGCUGCUUCAGAUGGCUGGUAUUGAGGAUUGUUAUACCUCAGCUCGUGGA